AUGGCUACCUACUGGAGACCCGGUUCCGAUUGGCCCGUGCUGAGUGUCAUCCCAGAAUCUGAGUUAGAGGUUGACACUGAAAAGAGAUGCACAACGGAAUGCAGAGAGAGUCAAAAAGAUCGAAUGUUAUCAAGUGAUGAGGAUGACGUCCCGCUGAUGGCUCGAAGGCCAAAGCGUGUGCACUCCAUCAGCAUGGACCUGGCAAGAUGCAUAAAUACGGCUUUGUUGGGAGACGCUGACAAGAAAAGACAAUUGACGUGCGGAUUACAAGCAAAGACAAUGUUGGUGACAAUCAUGGUUUUGGUCACUGCGGCGACGUUGGUGAGGUCGUCCCCAGUGGUGGGACCCGAGCCCAUCCGCUGCGCUCCUUGCACCCAGGAAAAGCUGAGUGAGUGUCCCGCCGUCCCGGCCGGCUGCAGCCAGGUGUUGAGGGAACCGGGCUGCGGCUGCUGCAUGGCCUGCGCCCUAGAAAAGGGAAGUGCCUGCGGGGUCCACACGGCCCACUGCGCCCUUGGCCUCAGGUGUGUGCCCAGGCCUGGCGAGGUCAGGCCUCUGCACGCCCUCACCCGCGGGCAGGGGGUCUGCACGGAAGAGCAAGAGGGUGCUGAAGAGGAAGCAGACCACAGCUCCCUGCAGUACAUGUUAAGUAUGCCCGAUCAAGAUGCCCCUGACGCCCAGGAGAGCAUCAAGGCCAAAGUUAACGCCAUCCGCAACAAACUGGUACAACAGGGUCCCUGCCACAUUGAGCUUCACGCUGCCUUGGACACCAUCGCCAGCUCCCAGCAGAACCUCGGUGAGAAGUUCACCACUUUCUACCUCCCCAACUGCGACAAACACGGCUUCUACAAGGCCAAGCAGUGUGAGUCAUCUCUGGUGGGACCGCCUGCUCGCUGCUGGUGCGUCUCAGCCUGGAAUGGCAAGAUCAUCCCCGGAACCGGCGACAUCCCUGGUGAUUCAGAGUGCCACCAGGAAGUCACUCACUGA